CGGUCUCGAGUCAGACGCUUCUCGACUGUUUGCCACUCGAGACGUGAACCUCGUACUUUUUCCCUGAAAUUCGCGCGAAACAGAGUGCGAUCAUCGAAUCCCCGAUCGAAUUAUAGCAAGUCCUUCGGUUGUGUGUCAAGUGCCGGAAAGAAAGGCGUGCAGAUCCUGUUGUAGGGACUCCAUCUCAGUUUUGCGCAGAGCAAGUGGUCAGUGAGUGAGGAGCACGGAGGAGAAAGUCAUGGAAAAGGACCCCGAAUCCAUUGCAACAGUCCAAAUGAAGCCAGAAUACGCGGCCAGUGAAGUUUAUAGCACCGCCUCUGAGGCACCGCCAGCAUACAAAAUGCGCCAGUCCAGCUCUGUUCAAAUUGCAAAAAUUAUUGCAAUGACGGUAAUUGCAUCGUCUUUCAUCAUCGGAUUCUUCGUGCUGGCCUCCGCUUACCUGCAAGCGAAGGCUUCGUGUGACCAAAUGCAGACGCUGGACGCCGUGCUGGAGAAGGAGCUCAUGCUGGAGACCCUCCAAGAUCUGCCGAAAGCAGAGGCUCUGCAGGCUCAGUCGUCCACCUACAAGGAGAACAGCCUGCAAAAUGACGAAAAGUAUUCAUCACCCAAUGGAAAAGACGAUCCCGACGCUGAGUCCAUUCCCGCCAGCUCUUCAGACUCCGACAGUGAAUCCGAGAGCAACGAGAACGGCGACGUGAAUCGUCUGCAGAUAAGACUGCCCCUCGAAUUUGACCUCAAUGACCUCACGAACGCCCUCCUGGAAGGCAACCAGAAAUCUCGCAUGAAUUGCGUGGUCGAGCGUCGUCGUUCUGAGGAGUUUGUCGAUUCACCGGCCAAGACAAUGCAGUUGCCGUUCGGACUGAACAUCUCCAGCGAUCCCAAGAAGCAGAGAAUCACCGGCGAGAGAAUGGCCAUCUUUUGCGAAAGUGGAUCAAGUCAAGUGAAUGAGGAAUCCGAGCCCGUGCGCCAGGUCGUGAUGCCCAUCCACGCCAUUCCGCUCAACUUCGACCAUCAGGUGCCCAUGAAUCAGCCUCCGCCGCCACCGCCGCAGAUGCACCAAAUGCCUCCGCAGUCCAUGAUGCGUCAGAUGCCACCGCCGCCGCCCUCAGCCGCCCAGAGCGCCCCUCUGCCCAUCCAGAUCAUGCAGGCCCCACGCCCAUACCAGCCCGAGGUGCGCAUCCAGCUGCAGCGCGUCCAGAUCCCGCGCGAACUGCUCGGCGAGGGUGGCCAGGAGCAGCAGGUGCAGAUCCAGCGCGUGCCGCUUGACGUGGCGCUCCACCGCGCCGGCAUCACGGCUGAGGAUCUGCAGAACAUCCAGCGCAUGGCCGAGGAGCGCAUCCAGCAGGAGCUGAAGGAGAUGUCCAACGCCGACGAGGAUGACGACAGCGACGAGAGCUCGGAGGAGGACGACUCCAAGAUGGUGCAGAUGCAGCAGUUGCCCGUGCCCGCCCAGUUCCUCCAGAUGGGACGCGUCGGCUACGGCCGGAGCCUCCUGCAGCCCGUGAAGAUCCCCGUGCCCAUGAUGCAGCCGCAGGAGAACCAGGAGCAGCCGCAGCAGGAGGAGCAGCGACCACACUUCGUGCAACCUCGAUCCGUUCGCUCGGUGGACAGCGUGCUGCACCGCGAGAAGCGCGUGAAGCGCUGCGCGUGCGACUGCAACUGCUAAGGCGAGUCACGGCGGAGCAUCGAUCGCAAGAAAUGUGGGAGAAACAGUGAUCAAGCAACUACAAAAUGUCCCCCCAAAAAACGACACAAUCAAUUUAUACGCAAAAAACUCUCCAAACACACACACAAAAUUACACAAAACAUUUGGAGUGGAAAGGAACAAGAAACCACCGCAAAAAAAAAGAUCCCCGAAAGCCUGCAAUUAUUUUUGUGAGACAAUAUUUUCCUUGACAAAAAAUAGUUUUGUUUUCAUUAUUUUUCUCACUCUCACGUAUUUUUUGUGGCGUGGUAGCAACAAUAACUUCGUAGUUGGAAGAAAAACAGAAAAUAAUGUAAUUUUAAGUAUAUCUUCACGAUUUACCGACACAAUUAUGUUUUAUAUAUUUUUUUUCUAUGACUCAUUUGGCGCAUGGAGCAAAAAAAAAGAAGAAAAAGAUUCAACAAUUUAUUAUUGCUUCACUUUUGUGUAUUUUUUUUCAUGUCUUUCGCGAUGGAGAAAUGUGUGCCAAAAGCUAAAUUUGAAGACAAAACAACAUGAAUAUAUUAAAAAAGAUCGUUUUCUCAUUUGUGAAUAUUUUUUUUCGUAUUUGUAAUCUCUCUUUGCUCUAAUCAACUUUGAAAGUAAAAAUGAAAAUAUAUGUGAUCAAACCUGUAAUUUACAAGACAAAGUGCGACGAUCGUCCGAAGUGAGGAUCUCAAACAGAAAAAAAAGCAUUGUAAUAUUUUUUGGGCCCAAUAAAAAUAUUAGAAGUGAAA